CGCUAGAAUUCAACGUCUCUUCGUGUUCUGUGUGAUUUGCCCCUUUAACUCGAUUUAGUUGCUGAAAACUAUUAACGAAAAACCUCAACAGUGCUACACAAGAUAACUUAUUCGUAUUCUAGACCAAAUCUCUUUGUCAAAGAUCUCCCUUCAUUGCUUCUGAGCCGAGGGAUUGCCCCUUACAUAUCCCCUGUCCCUGUCUACCCAUGACCCAUCACCCGCGGGUGGUUUGCGACAAUUAAAAUCCUGGCUGUUCAUGACGCAGGCAAAUUUGUCUGCAUAACAGCAGAGACUCUGCCAUCAAAGUCAAAGUCAAUGCUCUGAUACACCCUGCUUCAAAUAGGCAGACUCAAAUAUCCUACGACGAAUAUGACGGCCUCCUCUGAUCAACCGCGAACUAACGGUGACGCCAGUGUUGGGAUAAAUAACCACAGCAAACAAAGCGACAUAUGGAAGCAUGCCCCUGUGCUCAUUGGCACAACCAAAUUUGAGCCUCGCUCCGAUGUUAAAAACAUGAUGAUUACAGGCGGCGCUGGCUUCAUGUGAGUGACGUCCUGCAACGCCAAGCUCUGCUCCACUGACGGUUUAUUUCAAGCGCUUGCUGGGUCGUCCGCCAUCUCACUUUGACAUAUCCACAUGCCUAUAACAUUGUCUCAUUCGACAAGCUAGACUACUGCGCUGCUCUCAACAACACAGGCGUCCUAAGUGAAUCCUCCAACUUUACCUUCUAUCAUGGCGAUAUCACCAAUCCAGCUGAGGUCGUUGACUGUAUGGAGCGAUACAAUAUUGAUACAGUUCUACACUUUGCCGCCCAGUCACAUGUGGACCUGAGCUUUGGCAACUCUUAUGGCUUUACACACACAAACGUCUACGGAACUCAUGUUCUCCUUGAAAGCGCCAAGAAGGUUGGCAUUGGCCGCUUCAUUCAUGUAUCGACUGAUGAAGUAUACGGUGAAGUUAAAGAAGACGACGACGACCUUCUUGAGACGAGCAUAUUGGCUCCCACAAAUCCAUAUGCUGCCAGCAAGGCGGCAGCUGAGAUGUUAGUGCAGUCUUACCAGAAGAGUUUCAAAUUACCUGCCAUCAUUGUGCGGAGUAACAACGUAUACGGUCCUCAUCAAUAUCCGGAGAAAAUUAUCCCCAAGUUUACAUGUCUUCUUAACCGUCAGCGGCCACUGGUUCUGCACGGAGACGGCACGCCUACCCGGCGAUAUCUCUACGCUGGCGACGCAGCUGAUGCGUUUGACACGAUUCUCCACAAAGGUCAAAUUGGCCAGAUUUACAACGUCGGUUCACAAGACGAAGUAUCCAAUCUAGAGCUCUGCGGGAUGCUGCUCGACCGAAUGAGGAUACCACACGAUACCCCGGAGCAGCUCCGCAAGUGGAUCAAGUACACUCGGGACAGACCCUUUAAUGACCGUCGGUAUGCAGUUGAUGGCACCAAACUAAAGAGGCUUGGUUGGGAACAGAAAGUGUCGAUUGAUGAGGGCCUCAAGAUUACAGUCGAUUGGUUCACGCAGUUCGGAGAGACUUGGUGGGGAGACAUCAGCCAUGUUCUCACGCCGUUUCCUACGGUGAGCGACGGCGAGAUGGUUCCGGAUGAUGCGCGAUCAAUGCGCGAUGAACCACUUGAGUCCCAAGACAUACGACAGGGCAAGCUGCCGGAACAGCACAAAAAGGAUGAUAUGAGUGGUGGUUGUCGAGAAACACAACAGAACGGUGAGGAUACAAGUGGGCUACAUCAAAAUAACGGCGGCGGUUAUCAAAUUACCACUUAACGAACAGCCAUUCUUUUUGCGGGACUUAUUCCUUUUUAAAUGCAUUUUGACAAUAGAACAGACAGAAGAUCAAAGACAUAGAUACCACUUACAAGGGGGCUGAUGACUAGACGAAGUCCGGAAGCUGGGGCUGCAAAUUCAAUCACUUAGAUUGAAAGAAUCUUGAAUAUAUACCUAAUUUAUCGGGAAUACAUGCUUGUGCGUCUACCGUAUGGGUUAGACCACGUAGCAAUCAAGAUGACGGCAACAACUAUCGCUGGCUUAUCUGUAAGUCAAGCUGGACACCAUGGCAUUGGCUUACUAUCAUCAGCUUUGAGAACAACUCAACUCUGGAUCAUCAAAGCUCUCUCAGCAACCAAUAAGCUCCCCUUGUAACUGCAGGAACACAAUCAGGACAAAAUGCAACAAUGCGUGUCCAAUGGCCACAAUUAAUGACGCGUUCUCCUGCAUGAUGCAUCACCAACU